CAUGCUGUUGAGUUGGUGGGAAAAGGCAGCACAACUUAUGGAAGUGCCACAAGUAGGGUUGGAGAAGGCAGUACAAGUCAUCAUUAUAGUAACCAAGGAGAGCAGAGACACACUACUGAAGCCCACAGGCACACUACUGAAGCAGCCCACAGGCACACUACUGAAGCCCACAGGCACACUACUGAAGCCCACAGGCACCCUACUGAAUCCCACAGGCACCCUACUGAAGCCCACAGGCACACUACUGAAGCCCACAGGCACACUACUGAAGCCCACAGGCACACUACUGAAGCCCACAGUCACACUACUGAAGACCACAGGCACACUACUGAAGACCACAGGCACACUACUGAAGCCCCCAGACACACAGUACAAUCAACUUCUGUCUCGUCUGGACACACAACACAAGGGAAGCACAGGGAGAAGACAAGUGAAACAUCACAGGACAGGCACGUGGAGGGAGUUCGCAAUGUCCACAGGGGCUCUGAGCAGACCAGAAGCAAACCUGGUGGCUUGGCUGACAGUGCUAGCAUCCGCCUUCCUCCAAAAGGUACAAAGCAGCAUAGUCAUGAAGGUUACAACCCCAACAGGUCUGGUCAUGCAGGACUGCCCCACGAUCAGAAUGUAAAGAAGUCUGCUGAGAACUCUCAGAGUUAUGUGGAAGCUAGGGAUGACCACUACCCACACAGGCCUGGUCGUUCAGAGCCUCCACCUAACCAGAAACAUGAUCUUUCACACAGAAGUGGCGAUCAAGACCGCUUUGUGACAUCAUAUGCUGAAGCAUAUGGUCAGGAAAAGGCCUCAUCAGAAUUGCAAAGUGAGCCACGCAGUGGAAAACAUGGUUCUGUUGGAGGUACAGCAGCUGCUGUUCCAGGGGAUAAUACCUGGGACAAUUUCUGACCAGUUGUUGGAGACGAGUAGAAACUUUAAGGAAAAGAGAUGUUAAUGAAUCCAAAUCAGCAUCUGAUACAACUGCAAACAGUAGUUUUGAAAUCUAAACUACAUGUCUCAUAAGAGUCCAAAGUAGUUAGCAGGAAAAAUUACAAGCAGUGGCUAUACUGAGUUGUACAACUAUAAAUUCUUUUGAGCAUCAAAAAAUUAUAACUUUUAGUAAUAUUAGCAUCAUGUCAUAUCAUGUAUAUUAUCAUGAAACAGGUACCAAGUGAAUCGUUAUGAUAAAAUAAUGAUAAUAUUAUCACACCACAAAAGCAAAACUAGCCAUUAUGUUUAGUUUGCAGAUCUGAAAUGUUUCCUUCAGUGGCAUUAGGCCCCUUUUGCCUAGACAAUGAUGGUUGAGAGAUAAAACUUGGAUGUCUCCCUUCAGUUUACAGAUACAAUAUGAUGCACAAUAUAAAAGUAUGAUUUCAAAGACUACAGAGCACUAAAUAGUUUAAGAUUUUAUUAUUCUAUAAUUCUUUAUCUGUGAAAUAAAUUGAGGAAUACAUGUAUGUAACUUUUUGGUUGAUCACAGCCUCCCAAGUUGAAAGGAGGUGCUAGCACGAUCAAUGAAAAGUCUGUAGUGAAUACAUGAUUGGUUGUAGAGCAAAUGUACAGCAGAGGCAUCCGUACGUGAACUCAGGAGGGUGAUGGCGGAUGACACUCACCCUUGCCAGCAGUUCCUUGAGCCGGGUAGACGGACAACCUACCAACUACGCCGUCAGACUUCCAGCUACAAGAUCCCACUUAGCCGUACAGAGAGACAUAGACAAUCAUUUAUCCCCAGAUCACUCAACAUCUUGCAGCAAUGAGGGACACUAUAGACUUUUGAAAAAUCUGAAGGACACUAUAGACUUUUAUAAAAAAAUUUUAUUGCCUCCUUGUACUUGUAUCCUAAAGUUGUUCCAAUCAAUUAUUGUCUAUAUUUUAAUGUGUUAUCGACAUUUUAUACAAUACGUCAUUAUCGGAUAUACUUCUUUUAACACUUAAUCUUUUAACGCUAAAAUGUUACAAUUGUUAUUGUUAAUAUGA